AUGGCAAAUCAAGUUAUCGUAGGAGCACUUUUCUGGGAAGGAACUUCGCAAGUAAGGCCACUAUACUUCGAUGGACAACAUUUCUCCCACUGGAAAGUGCGUAUGAAGAUAUAUGCAAAGGCGUAUGAUGUGAAAGUUUGGAGAGUCAUCAAAAAGGGGAAUUUUCCUCUGCCAGCUUCCGCUCAACCACUUGCUGAUCCUGAAGAUGUAGAUUCAUAUACAAACGAGCAAAUGGCAGUGGUACAAGUCAACAAUAAGUCAAGAAACUUGCUUUAUAAUGCUAUAAGAGGUGAAGAGUAUGAGAAAAUCUCUAGCUGUGACACAACCAAAGAGAUGUGGGACAAGCUUGAGGUUACAUACAAAGGAACCAGCAAGGUAAAGGAAACACAUAUCAACAUGUUAGUUCAUGAUUACGAACUCUUCCAAAUGAAAGAAGGAGAGUCUAUUGAAGAGAUGUUUGCCAGAUUCAGCAAAAUAAUUAGUGAUCUAAAAGCCUUCGGCAAACCAUAUUCAAGUGGUGAUCAAGUUAGAAAGAUUCUCAGAAGCCUACCAACUACCUGGCAGACCAAAGUAGUCACUCUUGAAUCUCAGGAUCUAAAUAAGUUAUCUUAUGAUGAACUAUGGGGAUAA